GAAGGUGCAGACCCUGUUCCCUGUCCGUAAUUGACUUAUAAUUCUAAAUACCAAUCAGAUGGUAUCUUGCAAUACAUCCAUGAAAAGACUUCAAACUUGGCAUGUUCAACAGCGAGAUUCUGUUUGUAGUGAAUCUAUAACUACAAACACGUCAAGAAGCCAUGUGGUGGCUGGAAGCUGCACCUGGCGGGAUGCCUAGUGCAAUAUUAGCACUCCUUCUGACAGCUCUUUCACUUAUGCCAUUUGAGGGCUUGGCUCGAAAGACAUCUACUGGGAAUUCGGAAUUUAUUGGUUGUUUAGACGGUUCCUUGUCGCUGUUGGCAGGAAGUCAUCAGAUAAAGAAAGAGGCGGCAGAAAAGUCGUAUUAUGAUUGCUCUGCCGCUUGUGUAGAAACUGGCGCGUACCCAUACUCCUACUUCACCGACCUGGGGAAGGGCGUCCAAAAGUGUUAUUGCUCUUCGAUAGGCCCCAGACCUUCGGAUUAUGUGGUUCAGCCGGUUGGGUCAUUCGGUUGUCAAUUGGGACAAACUAGAGCGGCCCUCACACAGACCGAUCACCACUUCAUCAUUUGCUCUUCAGGUUUCAUAGGAUCCUUUUCCAGAGCUGGCACUUAUUCGUCGCCUCUGGAUUGCCUUGAUGCUUGCGGAGAGGAUGAGGGUGCGCUCUUUCUUCCCACAUACAAUGGCUUCUCCUGCCGGUGCGGAGGCGUCACUUCUGUCAAGAGUAUUGCAGCUUGCGGUGCUCCCAAUGCAGAGUUCUCAUACGUUUAUAAGCCAGCAAAGAGUCCAAAGGCGUCUAAAUCCAAGGCGUCUUUUGGGACAGGGAGAAAGAAAUUAGGCAAGGGAUCGAAAAAUCGAUUGGAUUCGCAAGAGGGUGUCAAGAAAUACGACAAUCCGUGCGAUGAUCCAGAUUCCAUACUAGGUUACUGUGGUUUUGGUGAAGAAGAUAAUCCAGUUUUCCAUGACCGUACUCUGGCAUGAUCAAUGGUGUUUCGAAAAGUGUAAACAGCUGGUAAUGAGCUGCUGCUCGUGUAUUUGAUAUACUCAUAACGAUAAUAGUACUUGCUCUGUAGCCCCCAUACGAGAAAAAUGCCCAUGUGCUGUUUGUUUUCCGAGCUAUACAUGAAAUCAC